AUGAACCAGACCAACAAAAUCUGGGUGACAGAAUUUCUCCUCCUGGGACUUUCUGAUGACCCUCAGACUCAGCUAUUACUCUUUGUAUUAUUCAUGGGGGUUUACUUGGUUACUGUGCUUGGAAACCUGCUCCUUAUCUCUCUAGUUCUGAUUGACUCACAGCUCCAUACACCCAUGUACUUUUUUCUGUGCAACUUGUCUCUUGCUGAUCUAUUUUUUUCCACCAAUAUUGUCCCACAAGCCCUAGUCCAUAUGCUAUCUAAGAGGAAGGUCAUUUCCUUUAUGGGCUGUACAGCUCAGCUUCUUCUUUUUCUCAUCUUUGGAUGUACACAGUGUGCACUGUUAUCUGUGAUGUCCUAUGACCGGUACUUGGCAAUCUGUGACCCCAUGCACUACCCUCUCAUCAUGACAUGGAAAAUGUGUAGCCAUUUGGCUUUGGCAUGCUGGGUCAGUGGCAUUCUGGUGUCUUUAGUGGACACAACAUUCACAUUACAACUGCCCUAUCAAGGAGACAAUAAGAUUGCUCAUUUCUUUUGUGAGGCACCUGCCCUUCUGGUUUUGGCAUCUGCAGAUAUUCAUAAAGCAGAGACAGCCAUUUUCCUCAUGGGAGUGGUAAUUCUUCUUGCACCUUUGUCCUUGAUCCUAAUCUCUUAUGGCUCUAUAAUAGUGGCUGUGGUUAGAAUGAAGACAACCUCAGGGAGACUCAAGGUAUUUUCUACCUGUGGUACCCAUCUUCUUGUGGUCAUCCUUUUUUAUGGGUCAGCAAUUAUCAGCUACAUGACCCCCAAGUCUUCCAAAGAACAGGGAAAGCUGGUGUCUGUGUUCUAUGCUGUGAUAAACCCUAUGCUUAACCCUCUUAUCUACAGCCUGAGGAACAAGGAUGUGAAGAGAGCAUUCAGGAAUACAACCAAUGGAGUAAAACCCCUCAGGCCAUGA